AUGACGAUUAGGGAAAUUUUCAUGCCGGCGCUCUCUUCCACUAUGACGGAAGGAAAAAUCGUAUCGUGGAUCAAAACCGAGGGCGAGAAACUCGCCAAGGGAGAGAGUGUUGUCGUUGUGGAGUCUGAUAAAGCUGAUAUGGAUGUAGAAACCUUCUACGACGGUUAUCUCGCCGCAAUCGUAGUGGGAGAGGGAGAGACAGCUCCGGUAGGCGCUGCAAUCGGAUUGUUGGCGGAGACUGAGGCUGAGAUCGAAGAAGCCAAGACCAAAGCCGCUUCGAAACCUUCCUCUUCCGCUCCUCCCGCCGCUGCGGAGGCCGUCGUUCCAUCUCCUCCUCCGGCUACAUCAUCUCCCGCGCCGGCGAUCGCUCAGCCUGCUCCGGUGGCGACGGUUUCGGAUGGUCCGAAAAAAACAGUAGCGACGCCGUAUGCUAAGAAGCUCGCGAAACAGCACAAGGUGGAUAUCGGAUCCAUUGCGGGAACUGGACCGUUCGGUAGGAUUACGGCUUCUGACGUGGAGGCUGCGGCUGGAAUUGCUCCUUCCAAGUCCACCGUAGCACCACCGCCUCCUCUUCCGUCUGCACCAGCGGCGGCGACGCCAAAAGCUACCAAGACUAACUUGCCUCCUCUAUUGCCUGAUUCAAGCGUUGUCCCUUUCACAGCAAUGCAAUCUGCAGUAUCCAAAAACAUGAUUGAGAGUCUCUCCGUUCCAACAUUCCGUGUUGGUUAUCCUGUGAACACUGACGCUCUCGACGCACUCUACGAGAAGGUGAAGCCAAAGGGUGUAACAAUGACGGCCUUAUUGGCUAAAGCUGCAGGGAUGGCUCUUGCUCAGCACCCUGUGGUGAACGCAAGCUGCAAAGAUGGGAAGAGUUUCACUUACAAUAGUAACAUCAACAUUGCAGUGGCAGUGGCUAUCAAUGGCGGGCUGAUUACGCCUGUUCUACAAGAUGCAGAUAAGUUGGAUUUGUACUUGUUAUCCCAAAAAUGGAAAGAGCUGGUGGGAAAAGCUAGAAACAAGCAGUUGCAACCUCAUGAAUACAACUCUGGAACAUUCACUUUGUCGAAUCUCGGUAUGUUUGGAGUGGAUAGAUUUGAUGCAAUUCUUCCUCCAGGACAGGGUGCUAUAAUGGCUGUUGGAGCGUCAAAGCCAACUGUAGUUGCUGACAAGGAUGGUUUCUUCAGUGUCAGAAACAAUAUGUUGGUGAAUGUGACUGCAGAUCAUCGUAUUGUCUAUGGAGCUGACUUGGCUGCUUUUCUUCAAACCUUUGCAAAGAUCGUUGAGAAUCCAGAUAGUUUGACGUUAUAG